AUGUUUGUCAAUACCGGUACUGAUAGACGCAGCAAUUAUACAAGACAUCUCAGCUCUGAAUCACACCGGUUAAACGUAGCGAAUGCAAUCCUCUCAAAUGCAAACAACCCUAAUGAGGUUCAAAAUGAAGCAAUGAAUACUGAUCCAUCUCCUGAGGUUCAAGAUGAGGCAGAUACCUCCAUGAAUAUUGAUUCACCUUCUGGAAGUCCAAUGAUGACAGACAUUGAUGUUGAACCUGAGCCUGAACCAGACAUAACCCCUGAAGAAGCUUUCGGAAGCUCCCAUGGUUUUGAGGAGGAUGACAGUGAAAUCGGACGUGACUUUGACCCCUUUGAAAACAUUUUAAAUGAUGAAGUACAGUUGGAUGGUGGUCCUGGUGUUAGUGAAUCUAUCAACCCCAAUACCAAUGAUGAUGAACCUCAAGUACCUGAUGAUGUUAAUGGCAACCCUUACUUUCCUUUCAAAAAUGAAUAUUACAUGCAUGCUCUUCUCUUUUUCAAGUCUUCAAGUAUGAAGUAUUCAGAGGAAGAAAUUAAAGCCACCCUUGAAUUCGGCAGAUACUUGAUUGAAAUAGCAAUUCGGCAAUACAAAGAUCAACUUGCUCUGGAUCCCACUGACACUGACUAUGAUUUCAAAGGCUACCCUACUCCCCAUGGUAUUUCUAGGUUUUACAAAUCUACCAAAAGCACUGUUCCAAUUCUUCCCCAUGCUGAAUAUUAUGUGAAAAGCCGUGAAGGUAUUCCUUAUACCACACCUAUUGAUCAUUCUAGUCGUGACGCUGCUGGUAAGCCGUACAAGCCUGAUCUGAUUAUCAACCAUGUUUCUGAACACCUGCGACUUCUCAUUGCCAAUCCAAUCAUGUCCCCCUAUUUAUCUGAUCUUCCUGAUUAUACGAGUAACCAACGUAUAAAGCUUAGUCAAGGUAAAAAUUGGAUUGAGGAUAAAUUGUUUCAGCCUCCCAUGAUAAUUGCUGGUAAUGAUAACAACCCUCGGCAAUUGUGGGUGUCGGAUAGAAUCUCUCGUCUGUCUGAUAUCAAUGUUCCUGUUCAACAGCGUCCCUACUUCAAGGUAUUCAAGUUCUUCCAAGAAUCCAACAUUGUCAAGGCGUUUCUUUUCCCUGUAAUAACCAAGAUGAAUGAUUCCAUGUACUAUCUCUCCGAAAAGGUUGUCUCAUGCGAUGUAUCCCAGCUCAAUCUUGAUGAUGUUUGCCGUUUAGAAGUGGAAGAUUACCAGGCCUAUACCAGUGUCAUGCAAAAUUCGACUCCUGAACGUUUAAUCAUCUGUAACCCGAGCUAUACUAUUGAUGACACUAAUUUGAUUCGUGAUCAUUAUAACAUGAUUAAAGCUGCCAACGACCACAAGCACCCAUUGCCUGUUAACUCCAACUUUGUCAACAACGUCCUUAACUCGUCUAUUCCCAAGAACUUUCAGGUUGUUAGAGUUGUUCCUUAUAACUUGUUUUCUGAUGACACUAGUGGUAAUUCUACCUCAAAAUGGAAUUGCUUCGAUACUUGGUCAAUGAAUCCUGCUGCUGUCCACCUAAGUAUUGCCAAUCAUUACUUGAACCAAUUGCUUUUAUGUGGGUCUAACAAACUCAGUGCCAUGGAGCAGUUGCCUUCCCUUGUUGGUAAUCUAAAACAGCUGGAAACUGGUAUGCCGAUGUUUGAUGCUGUCCUUAAAGAAGACGUAUUUGUUGUCGCUCCUCUUUUGUUCAUCAAGGCUGACAAUCCUCGUCAUGCCGAGAUAACUUGCUUAAAACAUUCAACGGCUACAUAUCCUUGUAGAAAGUGCUUCUGGUGCCGCCAUGCCAAUAAUUACGAUCAAAAUAUACGGACCACUCCUGAAGAAUAUGUGUCAGCUCCAAGGGAAAAAGGGCAUUGGGAAAGUUUAUUUAUUACAAGCAACUUACCUAUUCCUGAUUUUUCGAUCCGGGUUCGUGAUAGACAGGGUAACUUUAUUUUUGUUGAUGAUCUGAUGACUCUUGGUUUCAAAGAUUCUAAUGGUAAGGGCUUGUUGGGUCUGUCCUCUUGGGAUCCAAGUAAAGAUACGCCAGUUGAAAUAUUGCAUGGAUUAUGUCUGGGCCUGAUCAAGUACACCUUCAACAAGGCUGCCGAUUGUUUUUUUAACAAAACCCAAGUCGAUGUUAUCAGUUCUCUAUGUCGUACUUACGGUUCAAAGGCUUUCACUAACUUGUCCACUCAUCUGAAGGGCUACAAAAGCUACCUUGGAAGAGAUUUCAAGCUUAUGGUCCAGAUGAUUCCAAUUGUACUGAGACUUGCUAAGGAUGACCGGGCAUUCUUGACUUUUCGUAACGAUCCCCACCACAGGCUGAAUAACAUCAUCGAUACUUUCGAUAAGCUUGGUGAGCUUUGUUCUCUAUCAUAUAUGUCGGAAAUUCAUACCAACUUUGACAAAUUUGUUGAGAUGCUUCGAAAGGCUGCCAAUGAUACAAUCGUUGCUUUGGAUAACCUUGAUCAUACGGCAAUUCCAAGUAACAGGCGUUCUCGUCGCGGUCGUAGAGCCAAUCAAGCUUCUACAACUGAAAAUGUAGAUGAGCCAUCGGUGAUGUUUGGUGAUGUUGUGCCUCCUGAAGAAGGUGAAGAUUCUGACGAUGAAGACGUAACUUCUGCUGCUGCUACUGGUGCUGCUGCUACUGGUGCGCGUGCUGGUGUUCGUUCUCGUGCUGGUGCUAGUUCUGGUGAACAGCUUAAUGGUGCUUCCAUUCCAUACGCCAAGACAGGUGGUCCUCUGUGCAAUCGUUUGAAAACACACUUGAUCAUUCACUUGGUGGAGGAUUGUAUUCGUUUUGCUUCUCCUGUGCUUUUGGCUACUGAAAAGAAUGAACAGUUUAACAAGUACAUUCGGGCAAUAAUCAUGAAAACGAACAAGCAAAACCCCUCUCGUGACUUGGCCCUGAUCAAUGGUCGUGAGCUGUCUUUGAGGAAUGUCGCGAUGGGUUGUUACUGGGACAAUGAUGCGAAGACUUGUGGUUCCAAGGUGAGGGAAUGGUUUAGUCGUUUUGGUCAAAAAAUGUACUUUAACGCCAACCGUGAGUAUGGUAGUGCUGCAUACAUCUCCGGUAAGAGAGUCGCUUUUAACAUGGUGGCUGUCUUUGAUCUCGAUCUUGGCGAAGGUGGGAAGCGUCGUUUACUUGGAAAGGUUGUGCUGAAACGCGGUGAUCUCGUCGAACUGGAGGUUUACACACUUGUUGAAAAACCAGUGCAAGUGCUUUCUGACAACGCAAGCAUCUUCACAAACUACCAGGUGGACGAUGGUGGCAAUCUUCUCGCGGUCAAAUCGGACGAAACUCUAAGUACGCUGGUGUUCAAGCUGGCUGUUGUUGAACUAUUGGACAUGUCGCAUUCAACUGUGAUAAAUGAUAUUCAAUACUCAAUAAUUAACAAGUGUAAGUUUGGUACUCUUUGGUGGUUCCAUAAUACGGACAGACAUUUCGAAAUGUUGAAAAACGAUUCUCAAGAUUAA